CGGGACAUCUGACUCGGGCAAUGCAAAUACCAUGCAGGUUUUUUCGGACUCUGCUGAUGACGUUUAUUCUGGCCCCUGUUUUGGAACCCUUGCUGCGAUUGGAGUUGCUGUUUGUGCGGUGAUUAUAAUUACUAUUAUUCUGUGCCUCACCUGUUCCUGUUGCUGUUUGUAUAAAGCCUGUCGAAGACCAAGGCCUGUUGUGACCACCACUACUUCCACUACAGUGGUUCAUGCUCCCUAUCCCCAACAACAGGGAGCAUCACCCAAUUACCAAGUAGCCCCAUACCAAGGAUAUCAGCCUGUGGCUAUCCAGCCACAACCUGGAAUGCCAGCAGCACCGUACCCUGCACAGUAUCCUCCCCCUUAUCCCAUGCAGCCAUCAGGACCCCCGGCUUAUCAUGAAACAGUGGCAGCUGGUGCUGGAGCACCUUACCCAAUCAGCCAGCCCCCUUACAACCCUGCUUAUGUGGAUCCUCAGAAGCCCAUCUAUUGAGAAGGUCAUCUACUCUCUUCUGCAUAUAAAACUCUUAAAAGUAUAAUUUGUGCUGUUUACACCAUGCAACUGUAGUAUAUUUUUCUGGAAGACAGCAAUCCUUUGUCUCAGUGAAGUCAAUGUUAGUUCUG